AUGGCCUCCUGUGUAGUAAAAUCAAAAGGAAAAAACCCCUACGCUGCUGUUCAAGUGGACCCGGACAGCGAUUACAUCACACCAGGUACUCUAGACCUGGAACAGCUCUUUUGGACCGGCACAAGCGUUCAACAUGCACACGUGAACCAAGUUUGGCCCAAUGUCUUCAUCGGGGAUGAAAAGACGGCACUGGAGCGAGCUGGUCUGAAGGACCUGGGUAUCACGCAUGUGCUAAAUGCUGCAGAGGGGAAGUACAACAAUGUGCUGACAGGUGCAGAGUACUACACUGACACGGAUAUCCAGUAUUUUGGGGUAGAGGCUGACGACAAACCCACCUUUAACAUCUCUCAGUUCUUCUGCCCGGCGACACAAUUCAUCAGGGAGGCCCUGAGCCAACCGCAGAACAAGGUGCUAGUGCACUGUGUGAUGGGUCGCAGCAGGUCGGCGUCACUUGUCUUGGCCUACCUGAUGAUGGAGCAAGGCCUGACUGUGGUGGACGCCAUCGAGCACGUGCGGCAACGCCGUUGCGUCCUUCCCAACCACGGUUUCCUCAAGCAGCUCAGAGCUCUGGACAUUACACUGCAGGAGGAAAAGCUGAGACGAAAACAACAAAAGACGCAGGAUCAGCAGUCAUGA